GAUUACUAAAUUUUAUAGACUGAACCAAACAUAGUAAUGCUAUAAACACUGCAUGCCAGCAUUAUAUUACUGUAUUAAAUCAAACGCUUUAAUGCAGUAUCAAUAGUAAUCUCAUUUAGAAAUCCAAAAUACCUGAAUAUGUUGAAAUACCCUAUAAUAUUACAUAACUUGAACCAAACGCGCCCUAAAGAAGAAGAGAGCGAGAGGAGAAACAGUAGUCUCUCUCUUUCUUCACCUGUGACGAAGCCUCGUCCACACCAAACCCUAUCCCUAAUGGUCAACAUUCACUAGGUCGAGGAACCUCUCUACUCCCUCAUACGAGGACUCCGUUAAAGGAGAGUGAUACUGUUAGAGUCAGCCAUGGAGGAGGAACAGUCACCUAAUUUAUCGGACAUGGAGAUGGACUUUCCUGAGGAUAACGGAAAGGGAAAAUGUUCUACUUCUGUACCGAUGUCUAUUGAUUCUCCCUCAAGCAGCAUGGAAAAUCUUGACAUGAGUGUGGCAAGUCUCGAGAAAUUCUGCAAGGAAGCUGCAAGGGCGUUCUUCAAUGAUUGGGGUCUCAUUAGUCAUCAGAUAAAUUCCUACAAUGAAUUUAUAGCCCAUGGGCUUCAAGAUCUUUUUGAUUCUCUCGGUGAAAUAACUGUUGAGCCGGGCUACGAUCCUUCAAAGAAAGGGGGAAGUGCUUGGAGACAUGCGACCAUCUCAUUUGGAAAAGUUAGUCUGGAAAAACCUGUAUUUUGGUCCGGGAAGAAUGAUUAUGAAGAGGAAUGCCUGAAGUUGACUCCUAGACAUGCACGCCUUCAAAACAUGACAUAUUCUUCACAAAUGAAAGUGGAAGUUCGGGUUCAGGUCUAUUCACAUGAGAAAAGUGACAAAGCUAAGUCGGGGAAGGACCAGUCGGGGAAGGACCAAUCCGUUCACAAGAGGGUGUGGGCUGAUGAAAAGAAGGAGAUUACCAUAGGAAGGUUGCCUGUAAUGGUGAGAUCGAAUCUUUGUUGGCUGAACACGCUUGGGAAAAGUGAUUGCCUUUUUGAUUCUGGUGGCUACUUUUUGAUCAAAGGAAUGGAGAAGACCUUUAUUGCUCAGGAGCAGAGAUGUUUAACAAGGCUCUGGGUAACUGAUAGGCCAGUCUGGACGGUGUCAUAUAUUUCUGAAAUAAAAAGAAAAAGAAUCUAUAUAAAGCUUCUUGAGUCGCCAAAGGCUGAAGGUUCCAAUGGUCGAAGAGUUAUCAGCUUAUAUUUCUUGUACGCAACAGCGCCUAUAUGGUUAAUGUUCUUUGCCCUCGGUGCAUCAUCUGAUAAAGAGAUUUUUGAGAUGAUCGAUCUUGAAGACUGUAGUGCUUCUAUUGUAAACAUACUUCUAGCAACGAUAAAAGAGACGGAUGAGCAAUUUGAGGGCUUCCGCAAAGAAGACAAAGCUCGUGAAUACAUUAAUGAGCAGAUAAAAAAUGCAAAAUUUCCUCCGUCCGAAUCGUUCGACGAAUAUGUUUCUAAGUACCUAUUUCCUGGUGUUAGUGGGCAUCGCCAGAAAGCGCUUUCCCUUGGAUACAUGGUGAAAUGCCUCUUACUUGCCUUUUCUGGGAAACGAAAGUGCGACAACAAGGAUGAUUUCAGGAACAAGAGAUUGGAUUUAGCUGGUGAACUGCUUGCGAGAGAAUUGAGGGCACAUAUUAGACAUGCUGAGAAGCGAAUGGUUAAGACAAUGCAGAGAGAUUUAUAUGGGGACCGCGACUUGCAAUUGAUUGAACGUUAUUGGGAUGCCUCGAUUAUCACAAAUGGCAUAAACCGGGCCUUUUCAACUGGUGCGUGGUGUCAUCCAUAUAAGAGAACUGAAAGAAUAUCAGGCAUUGUCGCAACUCUUAGAAGAACAAAUCCUCUCCAAAUGAUGUCUGAUUUGAGGAAAACGCGCCAACAGGUUGCUUACGCAGGGAAGGCCGGAGAUGCUAGAUACCCAAACCCGUCCUACUGGGGUAAAUUGUGCUUUCUAUCCACUCCAGAUGGUGAAAAUUGUGGACUUGUCAAAAAUUUGGCCGUUACUGCUAUUGUCAGCUCGAGAAUAAUGGAACCAAUCUUGGAUAAAUUGGUUUCUUGCGGAAUGGAGAAAUUGGACGAAAGUCCUUUAUCAUCAACAACCAAAAUGGAUAAAGUCUUCCUGAAUGGGGACUGGAUAGGAGUUUGUGCAGACCCAAGUUCAUUUGUUGAAAGUUUCAGAUGCAUGCGUCGCAACAAAGUAAUUCAUGCACAGGUGGAAAUCAAAAGGGACAAGCACCAAAAAGAAGUACGUAUAUUUUCUGAUGCGGGAAGGAUUAUGAGGCCCCUUCUUGUGGUUGAUAAUCUCAAGAAAAUAAAAAAUCUCAAAGGAGGAUCGUACUCUUUCCAGUAUCUUAUGGAUCAAGAAAUCAUAGAACUCAUUGGUGUUGAAGAAGAGGAAGACUUGCAAACUGCAUGGGGAGUUAGGCAUCUCUUUGUAGGAGAUAAAGGAGAGCCUAUUCCUAAGUACUCCCAUAGUGAACUUGAACUAUCUUUUCUAAUGGGAUUAAGUUGUGGAAUUAUUCCUUUCGCUAACCACAAUUUUGCUCGAAGGGUCCUGUAUCAGUCUGAGAAGCACUCUCAGCAGGCUAUUGGCUUCUCAACGACAAAUCCUAACAUCCGAGUUGACACUUUGUCACACCAGCUUUAUUAUCCGCAGAGGCCCCUGUUCAAAACAGUGAUAGCUGAUUGCCUUGGUAGGACUGAUUAUAGUCCUGGGCGUAAAGAUGAUGUUGCUCGACCUGAAUAUUUCAAUGGCCAGAAUGCAAUUGUAGCUGUCAACGUUCAUCAGGGAUACAACCAAGAGGAUUCUUUGGUCAUGAAUAGGACUUCCCUAGAGCGUGGUAUGUUCCGCACUGAACAUUUCAGAAGCUACAAAGCUGAGGUCGAAAACAAGGAUUUCACGAAUCGGCUGAAGCCGAAGGAUAAGGUUGACUUUGGCAAAACUCAAAGCAAGAAAGGGCGGGUUGACAGUUUAGACGAUGACGGCUUACCAUACAUCAGUGCAAGUCUCCAGAGUGGUGACAUUGUCAUAGGAAAAGUUGCAGAAUCGGGAGAAGAUCACAGUAUAAAGCUAAAACAUACAGAAAAAGGGAUGGUGCAGAAAGUUAUUCUUUCUGCCAAUGAUGAAGGGAAAAACUUUGCAGUUGUAACUCUCAGACAGGUUCGAUCUCCCUGUCUUGGAGACAAGUUUUCCAGUAUGCAUGGUCAGAAAGGUGUGGUUGGGUUCUUGGAGUCUCAAGAAAAUUUUCCAUUUACACGUCAAGGAAUAGUUCCUGAUAUUGUGAUUAAUCCUCAUGCCUUCCCAACACGGCAAACUCCUGGCCAGCUUCUUGAAGCUGCUCUGGGAAAGGGGAUAGCAUGUGGAGGUUCAGCAAGAUAUGCCACACCAUUCACUACUCCCUCUGUUGAUGUUAUCACAGAGCAGUUGCACAGGGCUGGAUAUUCAAGGUGGGGGAGCGAGAAGGUUCUUAACGGUCGGACUGGGGAAAUGAUGCGAUCCAUGAUCUUCAUGGGCCCCACCUUUUAUCAGCGGCUGAUCCACAUGGCCGAAGACAAGGUGAAGUUCAGAAACACGGGCCCAGUCCACCCGCUGACGAGGCAGCCGGUGGCCGAUAGGAAGAGAUUCGGCGGCGUGAAAUUCGGGGAGAUGGAGCGCGACUGCCUCCUCGCCCACGGGGCGGCUGCAAACCUCCAUGAGCGGCUCUUCAUGCUCAGUGACUUCUCUCAGAUGCACAUUUGCCAGACGUGCAAGCGGGCCGCGAACGUCAUCCUCCGGCCCGUCCCAGGAGGUAAGAAGAUCCGUGGCCCGUUUUGUGGUUUCUGCCGCUCUGCUGAGAAUAUUGUAAAGAUCAAUGUGCCCUACGGCGCGAAGCUGCUCUACCAGGAGCUGUUUAGCACUGGUAUCUGCCUUAAGUUUGAAACUGAAGUUUGCUGAGUCAGAAAACCCUAGGUGAACUCUUUAUCAUGCUUAACUUUAGUGGCUAAUUAAAGAAAUUUAAGCUGGUUGUAUAUAUCUAUGCUAGGUGGGAGAUUUUGAGUUGUUGUGUGAUUCAAAAUAGUUCUCUCUCUCCAUUAACUGAACCGGAGAAAAGCCCAUCUAAUGUGUAUGCGCGUCUAGUUAACAGUUAGGCCUGUAUUAGACUGAGAAUUAGCCAUGGUUUGGAUUUGUCGAUAAUUUAUCAACGCCAUUCUCAUUGCGUGCUUUGAUAAGGAUUUGGUUUACAAUUAUUGAUUUUCCGCUGAAUCCGCAUUAGCAUCCAAAAAUGAGUCGGAAGGAAGAAACAACUGAUGUAAAAGGACUGGUUGGUUUGUUUCGUGAAAGAAAAAUGCUACAUUACACCUUCGAUUA